GAGCAGGAGGAGGGUGGAAAAAGAAAGUCUCGGGAUUCUGCUGCGUUGACAGCUGGGAGGAGAGCGCCCUGCAGCCGUCAGCGCGAAGAGACGCGACCGCCGCCGCUGUUGGAGCUGCUGUUCAAUGCCGAGUAGCACGCGUCUGAGAAUGCCCUGUGGCUGAUCCUGGACAUGCUUUCCACGAACCGCCGUGGUGGUGCGUGGGGGUGAAAUGGACGGAGCCAGCGGCCAAACCCAACAACCUGCUCCCAUGUUCCAGCAUGUCCGGCUGCAGCAAGUCUCCCGCCAACUCCGGGGAAGCUGCAGGUUCUAACUCCAUGGCAUGGGUGAAGAAGUUCAAAAAAACCGGAGGAGGCCUGAAGAAGUCCUACCAACCUGGGAGCAUGGUGUCCCUCGCUCUGACUAAAGGUCUGCUGAACGAGCCCGGCCAGAACAGCUGCUUCCUCAACAGCGCUGUUCAGGUGCUCUGGCAGCUGGACAUUUUCAGGAGGAGUCUGAGGCAGCUCUCUGGACACUUUUGUCUCGGUGAUUCCUGUAUUUUCUGCGCAUUGAAGAGCAUAUUCAACCAGUUCCAGCAGAGCAGAGAGCGAGUGCUGCCCUCUGACAGCCUGCGAAACGCCCUCGCUGAAACCUUUAAGAACGAGCAGCGUUUCCAACUGGGCCUGAUGGACGACGCUGCUGAGUGCUUUGAAAAUAUCCUGGAGCGCAUCCAUUUGCACAUCGUUUCCGACACAGCGACCGAUGCUUGCUCAUCCAAAUCUUGCAUCACCCAUCAGAAGUUUGCUAUGAUGCUUUACGAACAGUUUGUGUGCCGUUGUUGCGGCGCUUCUUCAGACCCACACCCGUUCACAGAGUUCGUUCACUAUGUGUCAACCACGGCUUUAUGCCAACAGGUUGAUCGGACGCUGGGGAAGAACGAGCGGCUCAGGUCGGACAUGUUCGGGGAGCUGCUGCAGGCGGCCAACAGCACCGGUGACCUGCGAAGCUGCCCCAGCGACUGCGGUCAGAGCAUUAAGAUUCGCCGAGUUCUCAUGAACUGUCCAGAGAUCGUCACCAUCGGGUUUGUGUGGGACGCCGAGCAGUCGGAUCUCACGGACGACGUCAUCAGGUCCCUCGGCCCCCGUUUGAACUUGUGCGGGCUUUUCAACCGAGUCACCGAUGAAAACGCCAAACGGAGCGAGCUACACCUGGUGGGGAUGAUCUGCUUCUCCAGCAAACAUUACUCAGCCUUUGCCUAUCACACCAAAUCUUCUAAAUGGAUGUUUUUCGACGAUGCCACCGUAAAGGAGAUCGGAUCCAAAUGGAAGGACGUUGCUUCGAAAUGUAUCAGGGGACACUUCCAGCCACUUCUUUUGUUUUACACCAAUCCCGAGGGGAGCCCAGUUUCUAAUGAAGAUGCACCAAGACAAACCACCAUGUGCCCUCACUACAAAGCCCAAGUAAAUGGAGACGUGACCAUGAAACAUCCUGUUGGCAGUCCUAACAAGUUUAUGGAUCCCUUCAUGGAAAAUCUACAAAGACCAGGUGAACCUACAAAAAAGGACAGAGGACAUCGGAGAAUCGAGCCUUCACAACACAAAGGCACGACGCAUACAAGAUCUUCAUCUCCUCCAGAGAAUGGGCCAAGGCCUCCUGCGGAGAAAAUAAAGAACUAUGUGCGCUCUGAGAAGUCAGCAAAUCACUCCAGCAGAGCGUCUCAGGAGCCCCAUGGGCAGUCCUGCAGUGCACAGACAGGGGGACACGUCAGAAAGACCAACAUUUCCCCAGGACGCAACGAGCAGGAGGCUAGCCACAAACACUGGGAAAAAGGAGGCACCGGGAGCCAAAAUAGGACAAAGUCAACUUGGAGACCCAUCAGGGAGGUGCUGAAUGUAGACACGGUGCUGAACGAACUGGAGCAGCGGCGGCAGCAGCAGCAGCAGCAGCAGGACAGCCCGCAGUGCAGCAAGCCUGCAUCCCAGGAGAGAGCUCGCACAGAACCAGCCAGAGAGCGGGAGCACGCGAGGACCAGAGAGGACCGCAAACAGAAGUGCUUAAUGACAAUUUACGAGGACGAGCAGCGCCACGAGACAGAGAGCCACAGCUCCGUGGAGUCAGAGUGCAGAGUGGGCCAGCAGAGAGGAAGCCGACUCAAAGCGGUCCCCAAGACUCUGCUGCGCAGCGACACCUGGACCAUUCAGAGGACAGAGUCCGGCUACGAGAGCAGCGAUCGGCUCAGCAGCGGCUCCACCAAUCCCGACUCGCCUGGCGUUGAUGGGUUUGGGCUCAAACCAGACCAGAGGUUAACGCCUGAGGUCAUUUUGCAAAGUCAGCUGCAUCAAAAGGAAGGCAAUGCAAAGUCAAGUAUGACAUCAUCUCUUUCCCACAACGGUAAACAUCAAUCUAAAACUCAGGGGAGCCAUGAUGAAGUUUCACUUUCGCAGCUAAAGUGCAGUCCAAGUUCAAGACAGCGAUCAAAACACGCGUCUAACCCCUCCAGGAAAGCAAAGGGCUCAGAGAAGAACUGGACGGGUCCAGAGAGCCGGCAGAGCGAGCACCAGGAGCCGGCCGGCUGCAGAGGGCACGGCGGGGACGGUACGGCCCAGAGACACUUCGCAAAGACCAGUAGCUCGGAGUGGAACAGCUCAGAUGAUCUUGUCCUCUCCGAGUCCGAGGACAGAGAAAGCACGUACCUGUCCAGUAACAGCGAGGCCGUCACCUCCGAUUCCCCGUGCCCUCACGCAGACCUGCCGUACCACCUGCCGAGCGGCGUGGCAGCAGAGACCCAGCUCGGCGCGACCGGGUCGGCUCACGCCCGGCCCGGCCAGCUGGCUUCUCCGGUCCACGGCGACGCGAGCCACGCCGCGUUUCGCCCCAAAAUGCUUCAGGAACCCUUCCCCGCGAGCCCCCGCCUCUCCCCGUCGUCCUACGCCAGCCCCAAGCGGAGGCCCGACAUUUCCAGCCUCCGCACCUUCUCGGACGCCAGCUCCAAGUCGGGCUCCGACCCGGAGAGGAGCACCCAGUCGUCGUGCGAGAGCGAGGAGAGAGCGACGGGGGGCAGGGCGGACGAGGCGGCGCAGGCGCCGGAGGUUUCUCUGACGACGUACUUCAACGUGGACAACUGCAUGACGGAAACGUACCGCCUCAAGUACCACAACCAGAGGCCUCUGGUCCUCUCUGCCACAGUGCCAAGGACAGCUGCCGAGAGCGAGCGCAGAGAAAACAGCCACACACUCCCCAGUGACGCACACUCACAUGACGUGCCAAAAGCCCGGCCUGAAACAAGCCAUAAUAGCAAUAAACCCACUGCAAAAUGGAAGCCAGUGACAGCCAAAGGACUGGAUGAGCGAGGUUUUUUAUGAGUGUUGACUUGGUAAGUUUUGUUUACAUGGACGGACAGUACGACUGGAUGCCAAAGAGUUUACAGAAUGGAAAUGUGUUGAAAAUCCCCCGACCUCUCCAGACUGGGGGGGACGGGGACGACGACUUAUUUAUGCAAGCUUGUCACAUAAAUACAACCUACUUCUAAAUGCUGUUGCAAGCUGUUUAACAGAUUAUCAACUAUCGCGUAUAUCUUCCACACUCCCGUGGCAUUGUUAGGAAAUUAUAUCUGUUUUAUUUUAGUUUUAAUUUAUUUUUUUUUCAGUUUGCACAAGAGGUUGUUUAGUUUCGUUUUGGGUUAUUUGACACAUGGUGUCAGGUUUGUGUCGUUUGUUUUAUUCGCGGGGCAGUUCUGCAGAAGUGCUGAGGAAUGGUCGGAGCUCAAAUACAGUAAACGCCAAAAGUUAUCGCACCCCUGGCAGAUUUAGACAUGUAACUUUUUAUUUUGUAGUAGGAAAUGGAUCAGACAUUUAUUUCUCAAAAUAGUAGCAAAUAAAAACGAGUAUUAAUUUUUUAUAAUUAUUUAUCUACUUGCAUGUUAAAAAUGAUUUAUGCUUUUGUGAAAAACCCUUGGAGAAGAAUCUUAUUGGCAUUUAAAGCAAUCAAACCCUUCCUCUAGUCACUGAGCAGCGUUGUUCACGUCUCCGCUGGUAUUUUGACAAUUUAUCCUUGGUGGUGAGUUUGGCAGGCCUCCUUGCCAUCACCCUAAUCUUCAGCCACAGAUUCUUUCAAAUUCAACAUGGGACUCUACAGCUGGCUUACUCGAACACCUUAGUAUUGCUUCCGGUCAUAAAAUAAAACAUUACCUUAAGGCUAAAUCUGUUAGGGGGUGUGAAUACUUUGGGGUUAACUGUACAAUGGGGGAAAUAAAUAUUCGACCCCCUGCUGGUUUUGUCAGUUUUCUCACUUGCAAACAAAUGAACAGUCUCUAUUUUUUUUUUUUUAGUACAGAAAGACAGCAUACCACCCCAAAACACAAAAUUAUUACCCACUUUCACUGUAAUUAAGGGAAGUAAAUAAGUGACCCUCCAAUAAAUCAAAAUUAAGCCCUCUGUGGAAAAAAAAAACAUUAUGAGCAGGAAUGGCGCUGUGGUGUUUCCUGUUGUUGGUCAUGUUCCCACACAUCUCAAGGGAUUUUGGCCCUUGUCUAUUGAUGUUGGUCUCAUCUGACCACAGGACUUUCUCCAAAGCCUUCUCUGAAUCAUAUAGAUGUUCUCUGCACAGGUGCCUUCCUGGCCAGGAGGCUGCCAGGCGCCAUUCCAUUACGGUGUAGUGCGUAACCAGUGGUGUUCUUGGUGACCAUUUUGGUUGUCCCCUCAGAUCAUUAGUGAGAUCCUCUUGUGUAGUUGUCGACUGAACCCUCAUCUUUCUCAUGAUCAGGCAGCUGAUAGUAAGUUUAAACGUCUUCCACUUCCAAAUAAUCCUAAAACCAGUUUUUAAUCCUCUUGGCAACCUUCCAAACACUCUAGGGAUCUCCUUUUUUUUUUCAAGACAGAUCUGUAGUCCCGAAAAAUGAAACAUUCCUGUUUAGCUUAAAGGGGACAUAUCAUGACAAAUUCACUUUUUUAGCCCUUAAAUAAACUUUGUUGUGUUCUUGGAGCCACUAGGAAUGCAGCAAAUUUGAAAGUAGUCUGUCCAGGUGCUGCGUAGGUAUCUAUAUAUUCGGUUUGGGUCAUAUUUUCACUCCGUUCAAUGUAUUCUGUUCUCUAUUAUGGUUUUUAAACAAUUACGUCCAAGUUUUUGUUGCAGAGUUGCUAAACAAGAUCAGGGACGUCCGGCUUACCAGCCGUGCAAAUCCACUGUUUUUAUUUCUCGGUGCGAUUUUGUAGUCCAAGCUGAAGGACGCUGGAGCUACAGGUGGAUAAGUCAUUGGCUGUUCAUUACGCCUUCCCAAGCGUACUACAGAAAUGGCCGAACAGGGUGGAGGGGAAGGCUCUGCGACCUUUUGGGGGUGGCAGGGGGCGAAGCGCCUCCUUUUAGAUUUAAAGAGACGGCACCAAAACGAGAUGCUCUUAAACGCACCUCAGAACAGGGGUGGAUAGGGGGAACGUGGGGAUAAAUUAACGAGGAAUUCAGCAUCGCGGUUCCACCUUAUGUAGACAACAGCUGAACGAUUUGAACGUGAAAAGAAAGAACUGAAAAGAACGAUAUGUCCGCUUUAAACAGACAUGUUUAACGUUUGAUUAGGCACAGCGGUGCAGUUGUUAGCGCUGUUGUCUUGUCCCAGCCAGGAUUGCACAGAGUUUGCAUGCAUCACAGGUCAUCAAACUCUGUGGGUAAUUUGUCUCCCUCCCGUAGUCCAAAAUAGGUUAAUUGGUCUGCCUCUGUUGGUCUUAGGCAUCUAAGUCUGUUCAUGGUUGUUUGCCCCGUUCGUCUCUGUGUUUUCCGGGUGAUGGACUGCUGUACCAUGUCUCACAGUCAUUGACCUGUGAUAGGUCUCUGCCUCCCCUGCGCCGAGCAAGGACUAUACGGGCAUAAAAGCAAAAUGGAUGUGAGGUUUCUUUAUGAAGACACCUUUCUCUUUUUGUCUGUCAUGUCAUCUUUUCUAAGUCUAUGCAACUAAAUGCGUCUUGCUGAUGGUCUGGGAGCCCAUCGCUGACUUGUGCAGAUCUACUGUCUUGUUUCUGACGUCCUCUGAGAACUCCUUGGUCCUUGGUUUGGGGUGGUGGAGAGGUUGGAGUGGAACGACUUCAUUAAGUAGUCAUGUGUGCUCGAUGCACUUAAAGAGUUGAGAUCUGUUACUGAUCACCUGAUCUCAUAACCAAUCUACGGGAGCCAAAAUUCUGGCUCCUUUGUUGAGAUCAAAUACUCAUUUUAUCGAGUGACGCGUCAAUAGACAACUUUUAUAUAAUGGUUUUGGUUGGUAUUCUGUCUCCGUAUUAAAAUGAACCGUAAAAUUACGAGACUGCUUCUUCGUAAGUCAGCAAACUAACAAAGUCAGCCGUGGGUCGAAGGGUUGAGUUAGGUGUUAGGGUUAUUUCCCUCACAGUGACAGGUCGUCUACAGUUGGUGCUGAAAUCUGUACAAAUGUUUUGUCAACACAGAAGAAUUUUUGCAUUUAUGAUCAAAAAAAGUGUAUUAAAACAUGUUUUAUGUGAUUGUCGUGUUUUUUUCUGCAGAACAACAAAUCCCAGUUUAACCCAAGCAGCACCACAACGGUCGAUCUAAUAGAUCGGGCUUUUUUUUUUUUUUUUUUUUUUUUGCUUAAAAUCUGGGCAGCUCACUAAAACUUUAUGCACACUGGGGAUUCUGUUCGCUGUCGCCAGAUAACGUACGCCUCAGCAGUCAGUCAUUGUUAGUCACUGAUUUGUUAUCAUUUAUCAGCUCUUUUGCAACACUUAAAUGUUAAUGAAUGACUGUUGGCUGCCCCGAAAGCAGACACACUCCGCUGCUGCGAAAAUCUACCAGCAAGGAUUCUGGCUUGGGCUUUAUAUAUAUAUAUAAAAAAAAAAAAAAAAACGAAAAGUAAACGUAAAGCUGGCUGUUAAACACGUAUUUUUGCUUAACUGAAACGUAACUUUGCAUGACCGCUGUCGGUUUGUGGUGAUCCAUAAAGUUGUGAUCUGAGGAAUCUGGAGUCCAGCAGCUGGGGCAGCCCUCAGGUUAUUCACUAUGACCCAAAAUCACACACCCUCGUGUUUUCUUUUAUUCCGCUGGCCCUUGUAAUCCGUUUUUUUUUUUUUUUUUUUGUCUUUUAUCCUGUCUUCCUCUUGAAAGAAAGCCAAACGGACCUGUAGUUGCAGGGGUGUUUUUCACGACGCGACGGACCCAUCUGACAUCACCACUGACUAUGUGGCUCCACACCACUGGGGUUCCUGUUCAGAGAACAGUGAUGUUGUGAAACCUGCAUGUGGCCUUUAUAAAUCAUACUAGCUGUAUGUGCAGCAUGAGCAUGAAGAUGCUGGACUCAUUGAGUCCUCUUAACGUUAUAAGGGAUUCUACCUAAUUGUAAUAAAAUGAGUUGAUUCAAUAGCAGUUUGUAACCAUGGUUGAUAUGGAGGGACGAAUGUGCUUUUGUUUUGUUUUUUUUGUUUGUUUUUUUCUUCUCUUGCUCGCACAAGAAUACAGUCUGUUGUUUAUGCAUUUUAAAAAGCAGUUUGCUGAGAACCUACUAACGCUCCAGGACACUAUGCAUUUGCCGAAAAUGAAUUUGAAAUGAGUCCCAAAUGCACAUGUUGGUGUUUUAAAUCUGUGUAAUAUGUUCGUUCUCAACACUUCCGACACCAUAUAAUAAUCUAUGUUGUUCCGCUUCCAGAUGGAUAGAGCUAUAGCUACCUGUCUUUUAUGCUCACCACACUGCACAGUCUUUCCCUACACAGUCUGUCAUUUAUGUUUUCCAUUUUUUGUGUUUUAUCUGUUCACGGUAACCUUUGUUCAGGGGUAUUUAUUCCAUGAGCUCAUUGAAGCAGUAAAUCAGUGUGUGUGCCCUAUCAGACGCCACACGAUAGCGUUUAGAGGUUCAUUGUGGGAGUUCAGUCACGUCUUAACAAGUCGUUUUAGCAAAAAUAGAUCCAAUUCGAUUUGUUAUUUUAAGAAUACGGAGCGUUUGCUCUAAUCUGUUCCACUGUAAAAUAUUAAUAAGUCAUAUCUAACCGACUUUGAACUAAUUGGUAACUUAUUAAAGUUGCAGCAAUGAUCCGCUGUAUAUUUUCAAAUAAUUGAUUUACUGCCCAAAUAAAUUAGGAGUUUAUUGGACAAGUCACAUCUAAACCUCUGCAUAUUUGCUGGCGCACACAGACGUUUGCUCUGGAUUUUCCAUCUCUAUCCACUUAAAUAAUAACGAUAAUAAUAUAUUUUUUCCUUGUUUUGCUUUGCAUUCUGAAUGUUCUGUCUUCGGUUGUAUCAGCUGUGCCUUGGCAUUUUCAGUGCAACAUGUAUGUUUUUCGUCACUGUGCGCAAUUAAGCUACCUUUUGGAAGUGACGCAUGAAAAGAAAAAAGAAAAAACGUUUUAAUUUACAGUGUGUUUCAAAAGUGGUCACUCCCCUUCAACCUUUUGCACAUUUUGUCACGUUACAACCGCAAGCUUCAAUCUGCUUUAAUGCAAUCACAGCAUUUUGGGGUAUAUGUCACACCUAGAGAUAUAAGUUCCUGCCCAGGUUACCCAUGCAUAAAGUUCAAGCUCAGUCAAACUGGAGGGAGAAAAUCACAAAAUCGAUUUUUUUUUUUUUUAAACCUACCCUCACGUUGGACUUUGGCUCAUUCUAACACAUGAAUACAUAGAGAUCUAAAGCUACAACAUUGUGGCUAAGCUCCAGAUUGGAUUGUAAAGGUUGCUGACCCCUGGUUUAGUUGUUUUCAGGGUUGGUUUUCUGUUUUGGGAUGAUGGAUUUAAGCUCACUCUGCUUUAAGGCUCUCCACAAUAUUCUCCCCGAUCCCGUCUGCUUUGUUCCCUGGUCUUCAUGAUGCUGGUUUGCUCACUAAUAGCCGCUAACAGGCUCCAACCUCCUCUAAUGUUCCCUGACAAACCUCUGGGGCCUUCGUAGGACAGCCUGUAGCACUGGAGUUUAAUUAAAGAUGAAUACAAUUGCACGUUUUUUUUUUUCCCGCCUUUUAUUUCUGUAACGCCUUCCAUCCUCUCCGCAGUUAUGCCCUACUUUGUGCUGGUCUGUUACGAAAUCCAGCUAAAAAUACAUUCAACUUUCUGGUUGUAAUGUGACAAAAUGGAGAGAGAGAGAAGAAAAUGUUUGAAGCUAACAGGCAGAUGACAUUUUGUUGUACUGAAACUGUUUUAAAAGCUCUUUUAAUCUGGACGGCUACAGUCGUGACUGCAAGCGGCAAAAUCACCUGGUUGGUCAUGUUUGUCACAUCGAGGCGCGCAGAGAACAGGUCUGUAGCGCCCGCUUCAUUUCAAAGGUUGGUGCUAAAUCCUGAUGUAUAAUAAACGCAUCUUCUUCUUCUCUUUUUUUUUUUAGAGUUUAAUUAAAUUAUCGCAAUAGUAAGGGUAUGCGUACUGCAGUCAUGGGCUGUAGUCUUCAGUUAAAGACGUCACAUGUUGAACAACAGGCGGUCUCCUCCUGUGUCCCACACAGCCAGAGCCGGCCCAAGACCGCAUGGGGCCCUGAGCAGGGGUUUAAUGGUGGAUCUGCAAAUAGAAUCAAUUGUUUUUCCACUAAAUACCCGCAGCUAAAUAAACGGCAGAGAGCAGAUUAUUUAUCCGACUCACUCGUCUACUCUGCCGCGUCUGGAGGAGAAAGCUUCAGCGUUUUCUAGCAAUUAGAUCGCUGAUGAAACGUGAGUCCAGCAACAUUUUGCUGUGACUAAAUUGAUUAUAAUUUUAUACCACUUGUUUAAAUUCUUAACAAAAUUUUAAAUUGCAUCUCUUAAAAUUUGCUACUGGUAAAACUGUAUUCUUUAUUGACAAAUAGAGCUACAAAUCUGAAUUUGCAUGAGAAAUCAAGUGCCCUGCUGGACCUGGGCGGAGGGCGCCCUGAGCGACAGCUCGGCUUGCUUCGCCUUGGGCCGGCUCUGCAUGCGUUGACAGCUGGUGUUGGUGGGAAACUUGUAUCCUGUGUUUUUUUAUCGCACUGGGACGUUAUCUCCUUAUCCUGUAUCGCAUCAGCACCAACAAGCGAGAGCCAAUGAGAACAUUUUCCACAUUAUGUGGAAGAUCUUCUCCAGGCUCUUGCGUCCUGUAACUUAUCAGAUACCAUGCAGGACUCUCCCUGGAUCCUCCCCUCACGCCUCUGUGUGGUCUGCUCUGUGGAGCCGUUGAUAAUCCAACUGCAUGCUUUCUGACAUGUCCAAUCGCAGAUUCAUUUAAAAAUAUAUAUAUUGUUAAACCUGUCUACACUUUCUACUUUUGGAGAUACUAUAUCUUUAUUUUUUACUUAUUGCUGAAUAAAGAUUUAAUUACCACACCA